AAAUUAUUCCGGCAUUUUGCCAAUUAAUUUUGUCGUUGAUGAGUAAAUACGAUAAAGAAGCAACACCGUGUGACUCGUAGAUUGUAGAUACGUAGACAGGUUAUAUUGACGUCUUGUGACUGUACGCUUUGCAAAGCGUAUCUCUCAGUAAAAUGGAGAUAGAAUUAAUUGAAUUGAAAGAUAUAAAGGCCGUACCGGACAUAAUACAUGUUUAUCCAGAACGAGUGAAGACCGAAUAUACGCCACUCGUUAUUGACAAUGGAUCCUAUAACUGCAGAGUCGGUUGGGCUACUGAAAAGGAACCGCAAUUAAUAUUCAAGAAUCUCAUCGCAAAACCGCGAAAGGAACGUGGUAAGAAAGAUGGGGAGCCUCAGGUUGGAAACGACAUAGCGAACAUUGAAGCAGUUCGAUUUCAAUUGAAGACUCAGUUUGACAGAAAUGUAGUGACGCAUUUCGAAGCUCAAGAACAGAUAUUUGAUUAUACAUUUACACACAUGGGUAUAGAUACGGAGGGCACUGUAGAUCAUCCAAUUAUUUUGACGGAGGCAUUUCUCAAUCCCAAUUACUCUCGUAACUUAAUGGCAGAAUUGUUAUUUGAAUGUUACAAUGUACCAUCGAUAGCAUAUGGUAUCGAUUGCUUAUUUUCAUAUCAACACAACAACUGCCCACCAGACGGACUAAUAGUUAGCAUAGGAUAUCACACAACUCAUAUAAUACCAAUACUAGAUGGAAAAGCAGAUGCCACAAAUGCAAGAAGAAUUAAUGUUGGUGGAUAUCACAUAACAUCAUAUAUGCAUAGACUUCUUCAAUUAAAAUAUCCAGUACAUGUCAAUGCAAUAACACCUAGUCGUGCAGAGGAGAUAAUACACGAACAUUCGAUGAUUGCUUUAAAUUAUCAAAACGAAUUAUCCAAAUGGGCAGAUGUGGACUACUAUGAUACACAUGUUUUAAGAGUACAAUUGCCAUAUAUCGCACCUAGUACAACUCCUGGCCUUACACUUGAGCAGCAAAAAGAAAGAAAACGGGAAUUAGCACGAAGACUAAUGGAAAUUAAUGCUAGAAAGAGAGAAGAAAGGUUAGCAGAAGAUGAAGAGCAACUUAAUCAACUGUUGGCAGUCCAAGAUCUUUUAGAAGAAGGUGAAAUCGAUGAAUUUGAUCAAGCAUUAAAAACCUAUUCUCUUGCAAAUGAAGCUGAUUUGAUCAAAAUGAUUAACAAUCUACAAGCAAAAGUAGAGAGAACCAGACAGAAAAUCGUCGCUGCUAACUCACAAGAGGAAAAUAUAGUGAUGGAAGAAAAACCUAAAAUUAAAUCAAGUCUUCAACCUAAGGAUCAACAAGAUUUUGAUGAAUGGAUAUCUGGAGUCAGAAAGAAAAGACAAGAAUUAUUGGAUAAACGUAUGGCAAAGAGACAAAGAAGACAAGAUAUGGCAAAGCGAAGAACAGCUGCUGCACAGGAGAGAAUGCGUCUAAUUAGCCAGUUGGCGAAAAAAGAAAAGCGUGAUGACGAUUUUGGUAUGCGAGACGAAGAUUGGGAUGUAUACAAAGUUAUAAACAAAGAAGGUGGCGAUUCUGAUUCAGAAUUAGAGCAAGAGAAGUUAUUGGAAUUGGAAGAUGUUUUACGUCAUCAUGAUCCAGAAUUUGAUAGCGCUGGUUCCAGUGUUCCCAUGGUUCCUGGGGAAACUCACCAACUUCAUGUAGGCGUAGAGCGUCUAAGGGCACCAGAAUUAUUGUUUCAACCAUCUAUGGUUGGUUCUGUGGAAGCUGGGAUUGCCGAGACAAUCGAAUUUGUUUUAAAACAAUUUCCGCCUGAAGAACAAACGCGUCUCGUGAGUAACAUAUUUCUUACUGGUGGACCAACAGCUUUUCCAGGAUUAUUGGAAAGAUUGAAACGUGAAUUACGCGAAAUGAGACCUUUCGGAUCAAACUUUCAAGUUAAUAUUGCAAAAAAUACUAGCUUGGAUGCUUGGUACGGUGCGAGAGAUUUCGGUUUAAAUGGCAACCUUCCUGAGUAUUUAGUCAGUCGUAAAGAAUAUGAGGAGAAAGGUGGAGAGUAUUUAAAAGAACACUUGUCAAGUAAUACUUAUAGUCGAUCGCCCGAUCCUUUACCAAUGAUACAAGUACCUGUAACAUCCGAGCAAGUAAUUGUAGAAGAUGCUGUAGUCGAUGUGGAAAUUGAAUAAAAAGUAAGAAUAAUUAAGGUAAUAAUUAAUAAUUAUACACGCAU